CAAAGAGUGUUGCACAACUAGUCCUGUGGCUGAUCUUUUCCUAAAGCAGAUCUAACAAAGCAAUAGAUCGAGAGGAUGAGCAAAACUCAAUUGUAUAGCAGUGGUUUAGAGUUGGCAAAUUUCGUGGUGAUCCUUGAUAUCUUGCACGAUGCAUGGACUGCAAUUUGGAGUCUAUACACAGAAAUCAGUCGGAAUGAAGGACCAUCUUCCUUCGUGAGAUUCAAAGUUUAUGAGCUACCAAACUAUACCAUUAUAGCGUUUUUCACCUGGCCCUCUAGUAGCAAAGACUCUGUUCAGUGUCGUGGAGGAGGAAAUUUAGUUUCAUCUUCAACUUUUAAGUGGUCUUUUCCUUUCUUUGAUUUCCUGUGCCCCAGACCCAAAGACCCAGAUAAUCAAAAAAACAAACCCAAAGAUGACCCAAGUUUCUCCAUUAACGAAACUGCAUUUCAGCUUUUUAAAUCCAUUUUUGAUGCGCUCCCGAAAUUUGAGAUUGACAAUUCCAAACCAUUAAUUAUCACUGGAAACUCUUUGGGAGGAUCUGUUGCUACUUUGUUCACCUUAUCACUGCUAGAAAAAUUCAAUUUUUCAAAAACCAAAGGUCCACUUCGCAUCACUUUUGGUUCACCCCUUAUUGGUGAUGAGAAUUUGCAAGAAGCCAUAUCUAAAUAUGCAGCAUGGAACUCUCGCUUUUUGCAUGUAGUUUAAAACCAGGAUCUAGUUCCCAGAGUCUUAAUUAACGGUUACCAGCCUUUUGGCACAUUUCUCUUCUGUUCAAAGUUGGGUUUUUCUUGUUUUGAGGGCCAUCAAACCAUUUUGGAGUUGUUGACGGCAACCAAUUGAGGAACUCUUGAAAAUCAAGAUCCUAAUGAAGUUUUUGAGUCCUAUGGAACAUUUGUGAAGGAUCCUUAAUUGAUUGGACUACAACACCAUUAUGGGCAGGCAUUAUUACACAACUAGUAGCAAUCGGACUGGUGCAAUCACAGCAACAACAGAACGUUGACAUCAACAUUAUCAUUACAAAGAUAGAAAAACAGGCAAAAAUUAUGGCAAUUUUAAACUAGUAGGCUUUUGAUCC